CAGCAUUUGAAGCACCAAAAUAUCUCAGCAAGAGGAAUGUGUGAAGCCUAAAAAGGAAGCCUACUAUUGCAUUGUGUAUUGAAGACUCUGGUCUCCUGCUAUUGUUACUAUUGUUUUAUCUUCUUAGCAAGAUCAACAUAUGGUAAUGCAUGCAUGCACCUUGAAUUCCCCCUCCACCACUGCCACUCUCUCACUCCCUCUCCACCAUGCUUUGCUCUCCAAGCCCACACUCCAAUUUCCCCAAUCUCUGUCCUCGCCAUCAUCGCCAUCUCUCUCUCUUCCUCCCGUCAUCACCAACCAUACCACUUUUCACCUUGUAGUUGUGCCCGAGGACUCUCAGGCAAUCAGUGGGGUGAGUUCUUCAUCGCGGGAUUUUAGCGAAGGAAUCGCAAAGGAUAAUAAUAUUGUGCUGGAAAGGAGAAGGAAAAGGAGGUGGAGGAAAAGGACGAGGAGAAAGAAUGCUGAUUUGCGCUCAGAAUCGGAUGACGAGGAGGAGGAUGGGAGAAUGUUCAGGGCAGUAGAACAACGUCGUUUUUCGAAGGUGGAGAAAUCGAGAUAUCUUACACGAAGGCAGGAGGCACAAUUCUCUCUUUAUCUCAAGGAGGAGGCCAUGCUAGAGAAAGAAAACAACCAAAUGGGGGAGUUCACUUCAACAACAUCAGCUGAGUUGAUAAGGAGAAGCAGCAGAGACAAAGCAUUGUUGAGAGCGCGAGAGAGUAGAGAGAGGAUCAUCCUCAGCUACAAGCGCCUCGUCGUCUCCAUUGCUUCUACCUACCAAGGCAGAGGACUCGGCCUUCAAGACCUCAUCCAGGAAGGUUGCAUAGGACUUCUUCGAGGUGCGCAGAGAUUUGAUCACAAGAAAGGAUAUAAACUCUCGACUUACGUCUAUUGGUGGAUCAAGCAAGCGAUCGUCAGAGCCAUCGUUAACAAGUCAAGGAUUGUGAGAUUGCCGGGUAGCUUGUGUGAGGCGGCGAACAGAGUCGCAGAAGCUAAUUCGAUACUAAGAAGGCGAUUAGGGAGAUGGCCUACUUACGAAGAAAUCGCCGACUUUGUACAUGUAGGUGUUUCUAGUGUUCGAAUCAUUAGUGAGAGGAUUAGACAUCCGAUUUCGAUUGAUCAACCAGUGAACAAGGAAGGUUUGUCACUCAAGGAAAUUAUUCUGGGACCUGAUGAAAUACGACCGGAGACGAUUGUCACAAGACAAAUAAUACUGAGGACUUUGGAGGAGCUUCUCAAGACGCUGAGUGCGAGGGAAGAACACAUCAUGAGAUUACACUACGGUUUGAAUGGCGAAACAGCGCGAUCAUGCGAAGAGAUCGGGAAAUUGAUGAAUCUUUCCAGAGAGAGGAUUCGACAAAUUCAUGGCAAUGCAUUAGCAAGACUAAAGGAAGAGAAGGGUCUGAUAGAAAGCUUGUGGCAAAAUUCUUUAUAGAAAUUUCAUACAAAGUUAUCCAAGUCAUCAAUUAUAGGAUCAUUACGGAGACUAAUAAAAUUGGAGAAGCCAAAGCAGUAUCAAGUUCAUGUUCUUGUAUAAAAGUUUCUUCUUUUAUUUCUUCUCCGCAACUAUGUGUAGAAUUCACAGUCAUAGAAAAAUGUCUCUUUAAACAAAAAUUAUGUUUUUCUUUUCUGUUUUUUUUUUCUGGAUGUUCCAUGGUCUAAGCAUAAUCUGUUAGUUAUAAACUAGAGUGGUGGACAUCUAUUAUACGCUGUAA